GUUGAGGUAGGACGCGGCCCGGCUGGCUGGAGUGCUACUUUCUGCCGGUGUGGCCGCAGCCGGGCGCCUGAACACAGGGCCUCGCUGCAGGCGGGGCUGAGAGGGCCUGUCCUGAGACCGCCGCCCUCCGCGGGGGGCUUGGGGCAGGCGUGAGAGGAGGGGGCUGCGCUUCCCAGCACUCAGUAGGUGCGGAGGUGGCGUAGGCGGCCUCGGACAGCUCCCUCCUACCCAAGUGUCCGUUUUGGGGAGGGGGGUGCGGCGGCGGAGGUCCUCGAACGGCUUCCAGCGCCAGUCAGGAGUUCAAGGCCAGGCUGAAAUCUGCGUUGACUCUUCCCCGAAGAGUUUGAAAGAGUGAAGUACAAAACAGUAACCGUCAUUCUUUGCCCUCAGCGUCAAUCUCGAAUUUGCGCCGGGCGCGUGGCUGGGAGCCCAGCCUUCUCGGGGGUCCCGCUCGAGGCCAAGAUGUCUUCCGUGGGGAAGGUGACCCAGAUUCCCAGCGGGAAGGUCUACCAGCAGAUCUUCGAGGCUGAGGUGCAGCUGGUCCGCUCCCUGGCAUCCUCUAGGAAGCGAGCUGUGGAGCGUUCCAUGAUCCCAAAGGAUGGCAAGAAGCCCUUGAUGAAGAAGGUGGAUGUUCGUGAAGGCGAGAUGGUGUCUCCUCGGCAACAGAAGUGGAUGCGCAGCCUACCCAAUGACUGGACCACAGAAAACCCUGUUCUCUACAGGGAAAAGGAAAUAGCCAAAAAGGAAAAAGCUCAAGAGAGUGAGAACACCAUCGCCGCCAGAGAAGUCCGGGGCCUCACGGAUACCAUUGUUCCUGAGAGGAUCAGCACCACCACCUUUCAAAAGCAAGGAGAUAACAAGAGGAGGGCCUACGAGAGUGCCCUGGCGAGCUUUAAGGAGGAGAUCGCUCGGAUCGGGAUGGAAAUGGAACCUCUCAUCUUGGAACCAGGAGCACUUCUUUUAAAAAAGCUGGCUGAGUCUGAAGAGGAUGUCGACAAUCUCUUCAGAAAGGUGGAAAACGACAGCAACCUCGAAGACUACACCAUCCAAACCCUGUUGGAGCUGAGGGAUCAGGUGGCCGAGAAGUUCCUGCUGCAGAAGCAGGAGAUCAAGGAGCUGGAUGAGACGCUGCACUCACUUGAGUUCUCCCGGGUAGAUAAACUAAAAAGCGUGUUGAAGAAAUAUGUGGAAAUCAUAGAGAAAACUUCCUACCUCAUGCAGCCCGACGUAUAUAGGCUGAUCAAUAAAGAAGCCAUGAUCAUAAACCGCGCCCUGCUGGGCAACCGGAGGGCCCUUGCCCAGCUGUUCGUCAACCUGAUGGAGGCCAGGCUGCAGCAGGAGCUUGAUAGCCACCGCCGCUGGCAGUGCCUGAUGGACGCCUGGAAGGCGCUCAAGAAGGACAGCCUGGUGCAGGCGUUCAGUGAGUUCAUGGCCAGUGAGAAGAUCCAGACUCCUCCGGCUGUGAAGAAGGAGCUUGAGACCAUGAUGAAGGACCAGAGCAUCCUGCAGCAGAAGCGCCUGGACCACCUGUGCACCAUCUGUGACCUCCUGCCCCCCAAUUACAGCAAAGCUCAGCUGAUGGAAUGGCAUUCUUCUCUCAACUCGUUGAACAAGCACCUCGACGCCUACCACAUGGACUGCAUGAUGCGGAUCCGCUUGCAGUAUGAGAAGAUCUGGCAGGAGUGCCUCGCCCAAGUGCAGACGUGCAGGAAGCAGCUGCUGGACUGGAAGGCCUUCACUGAGGAGGAGGCAGAGAGCCUGGUGAGCCCGUCCUUCUUCCAGAUGGUGGGAAGUCUCCAGAGCAAGGUGGAGGAGGAGCUGGAGGCCUUGGACAAAUCCUUCGAGAUCGUGGCAAAGCAGACAGAGCAGCAGAGCUCAGACCUCUUCAGCUACUUCCAGGAGGCCGUGAGCCUGUGGGAGACACAUCAGAGUGUGCUGCUGACGCAGGAGCUGGAGCUCGAGAAGAGGAUGGAGCAGCAACGGCAGAAGGACAGGCGGGAGAACCAGGCCCAGGAGGCUCACCUUGACAAGCUCUUGGACCAACUGAGGCAGCAAAGCUAUGAGAAUAACCUGAAGUCACACCUGGAAAAGGCCAAGGAUUUUCUGAAGAAUAUGAAAUGCAGGUACGAGGCUUUCCAUGGCCUCCUGACCAAGGAGGUGGUGGGGUACCCAGUGACCACGCUGAAGGAACUCAGCUCCUACAGCUCCCGCCUCAGCCGACACUUCUGUGUGCGUGAAAUCUUUGAACAGAACCUGGAGGGAGAAGUCAUUUUCCAGUUGAGGGAACCAGAACCACAUGAAAAGCAGUUCCAGAAGAGAACGGGAAGUCCGAGAGGAAAACGAAGGUUCAAAGCAAAUACGCGCAAACGUGACAGAAGCGGCAGGAGGAGGAGGAGUUUCCUCAAGCCAGCAGAAGAGAUAGAAGAAGAAGAAGAUCAAGAGGUCGAGUCCUCCACCACACAAGAGGUGGUCAUGAGCCCACAGAAGUCCGUACUGAGUGAAGAGACGGAUGAGUCCAGGGAGGACUCUAUUCCAGGACUGGAAGAGACACAGGUUGACAGAGACAGCUCCUUGAGAUCACCCCCAAACCAGGCCAGUGUGCUGGUUCACGAAGAAGAAGAGGAAGAGAAGAAGAAGGUGGAGGAGGAGAGGGAGGAGGAGGAGGAAGAGGAGGAGGAGGAGGAAGAGGAGGAGGAGGAGGAGCAGAGGAGCUCAUCUGUGGAUGAGGUCAAAGCCCAGGAGGAGAGUCUAGGGGAGAUCUCCCAGGAGGAGAUGGAGUUCUUCACAACCUCUAGUGGGAACACUUACUUUGUUUUCCUACCCCUGAAACAAGAAGAGAACAGCAAGACACCCCAUUCCAACCUUCCUGCCAUUUUCUUCAAGGACAUUUCCAGUGCCAGGGUCUUAGAAGAAGUGAUCAUUCCAUCCAGACUAGUUUUAGAGAUUAAGAAACAGCUUCGAACUGGCUUUUUUGAGCACUUGGAGAAAUGGUUUGACCAAUGUGCCCUCAAUGCUCGGGUCAUCAUGGCCAGGAAGAUUGAUGAACUGGAUUCAGAACUGGAGCUGCGUCUGCACCUGCACCAGCCAAGAGCCCAGCGCAUUGAGAAGGACAUCCACAACGUCAGGGCAGCUGAACUCUUGCUUCACCAAGAACGGCUGGACAGCCACUGUGCAGGGGUGAUGGAGACACUGAGGAAGGAGAGGAUGAUGUUCUGCCAGUUCCAAGAAGAGCAAAACCUGAAGAGCAAACACUUCCGCCGCAAGAUUUCUGACAUGGAGCACAUCUUCUUGAACGCCACCAAGAGCCAGAAGCUGGCGACCCUCAGCAGCACUCUGCACCGGGAGCUGCUCAGCUAUGUCGACGUCAUCCAGGUGUCCCUGCGCAGCUUCCGCCAGUACCUGGGAGAGAGCCUGGGCAAGCUGCGCGACACCAACAUUGAGUUCAUCAAGCGCUGCAGAUUGUUUUCAGAGGGAGGCAACUUUUCUUCUGAAGAAAUUGACUCGCUGUGUCAUCGACUAGAGAAGGAAGCUGCCCGGAUAGAGUUUGUUGAAAAUUUAAUCAUGAUCAACAUGGAAAAGAUGGAGAGCGAUUACCUGGACCAGGCUAAUGAGUUCAUCAGCAAGUUUGAAAGUAAAUUCCAUAACCUGUCCGUGGACCUUAUUUUCAUAGAGAAAAUCCAGCGCUUGCUGACAAAUCUGCAAGUAAACAUCAAGUGUGAGGUAGCAAAAUCCAAUUUGCAGACAGAGGGAUUAAAUUCUUCUCUAGAACAGCUUCAAAGCAAGGUACAGAUGUGCCGAAGCUCAAAAGGGGAUAAACAAGUGGUGAGCACAGAAGACCUCCUUGGCCUUAUUCGAACUUGGAAAGAAAAACUGAGCCAAAGGAUUGAGUAUCUCAACUGCAAGCUGGACAUGAUAUCCAUGACUCACCUGGUCUUUUCCGACAACGUCUUGACUGACCUGGAGGUAGACAGUGACAUCUUGUUAUCUUCAGAAGUCUAUGAAGAAGAGGCUAAGGCAGACAUAGUCACCCCUGAGUCCUUUGCCCAGCCAAGCCGCAUGGGGAAGUCCAUGAUUGAAGACCCAGCUGUGGAGGUGGUCAAGAGGAUCCUGCAGUUUCCCGACUCGAAGUCCUCAACCCAUCAGUGUGACAAAGAACGGUCCCAGACAGCCUUGAGGCGACUCCGGAACCGAGCGGAGCACUCCCUGAAGAAGGCCGUGUCCAUCGCCAGUGCCACCUCGGCAGCCAGCGUCACGAGGUACACCAAGCCCAACCGACUGGAUAGAAAGUACCAGGUGCUCGGCGACAGGCCUCCUCCGGCGGAGGAUUUUAAAGGCAUCAUCCUGAGCCUCCUCUGGGAGAGCAACGAGCUCCUGCUGACGGUCGUGGAGGAGUAUUACCGCAAAGAUAAACGCUCAGUCGCCAGGCCCGACUGCAUGUAUGAGACCUUCGACCAGUGCGCGGAGAACAUCUGCAGGAAGAUCCUGGAGUACCACAGCCAGGCAGACGAUUACCACAACUCCUGCCUCAUAGAAUUACGGGCCCAGAUGAGGAGAUUUGAGGAGCUUCUGCCCCAGGCGUGUUGGCUGGUGAUGGAGAAUUUCAGGGAGCACCACUGGAAAAAAUGCUGCGCCUCCACCAAAGAUAUCCGAAGACAGUUCUUGAAUCACCAGGAACAGCUGGAGAAAAGGAAGGAUGAAAAUGCCCAGAAGCUCCACCCGAAUCUCGGACACCCUGCGCAGCUCCAGGAUAUGGAGUCUCUCUGUCAAGUGGAAGAGGAGAGGCAGGGAGAUCUGGACAGCUUGAUUGUGGUAACCAAGGAGAAGCUGGAGGAAUGCACACGGAAGUACGCCCGGUUUUUCAUAGCCAGCUUGGCCACCUUCACCGAGAAGUUCCUGCUGCAGUUGGAUGAGGUGGUCACCAUUGACGAUGUCCAGGUUGCAAAGAUGGAGCCACCCAAACAGAAAACCUCAAUCCUAAUACGGAGGAAACUGGCCGGGCUGUCCCUGGAGGAAGAGAGUGAGAAGCCCCUGAUUGAACGGGGGAGCAGAAAGUGGCCAGGAAUCAAACCUACUGAGGUCACCAUCCAAAACAAGAUUCUCCUCCGGAAAACGCCAUGUAUCACAACCACCAAAACGACCCUGGGCCACCUGGCAUCCGUGGAAGCCCGAGAUGCCGUCUACCUGAAAUAUUUAGCGUCAUUUGAAGAGGAGCUGAAGAAGGUCCAGGAGGACAACGCGCUGCAGGUGAAAGAGGCUCAGCGCUGGAAGGACAGCUGGAGACACUCCGUGAACAUCAUCCAGGGCCUGUACUUGUGACACUCUCAACCCUCCUUCAAUAAAUGGCUUAUUUUGUGUGGAUUCCUCAUCCUUCUACCCACCCUUCCAUCCAUCCGUCUCUGCCCAGGGCUGUAGCCUCACAGUGAUGAAGACAUGGCCUAGUUCCUGCCCACACGGAGAUUACUUCCAAUGAGGAAGACAGAGGUGAAAGGGGGCAUUCCACCUGAUCAGCCAGGAUGGUGGAUAACAGGGGUGGGUGACUU